UUUCACUCAUUCAUGAAAAGUUAUGUAAACACGACAAAAGAGGCUGAAAGCAGUCGGGUUGUCGGUGCGAGCUGACCGCGGGGAUGAUAGCGACGCGGACACACGGCGAGUGCCGCCGCCGCCACCGCUGCUGAGAGCUAACGACCGCCGCCGGUCCGCCUGCGUGUUUACAGUCCUGCACUCCGGGAUUAUUUUAAACAGAAAAGCACCUGAUAAAGAGUGGCCGUGUCAGUCAGUGAAAUAUGAGGAAAAAGCAGAAUGUGAAAAACAGGAAGGCAGAGGAGACGACAGUUGUCCAGGAGUUUGCAGUGGAAAAAAUUAUCCGAAGAAGAGUCAACGAUGGAAAAGUAGAGUACUACCUGAAGUGGAAAGGCUUCACUGAUGCUGAAAACACCUGGGAGCCAGAAGACAAUCUGGACUGCCCUGAGCUGAUAGAGGAGUUUCUCAGGAACAUGGCUGUUUCAGGCGAAACUGAGAAGGAUGACAGUCCCUCUCUGGAGCCUGUUUUCCAACCCAAAGAAGAACUGACUGAAAUGGAUGCUGACACAGCUCAUCAACAGCUGUGUCAGAGUGAGCAGACAGUGAACAACACUGGGAGACCCGGUGAUCAUAACACGGCACCUGUGGAUGACCCGUCGACAUCCCCUGAGCCAGAGCACAUCAUCGGCUCUACUGAUCGAAAUGGAGAGCUCAUGUUUCUUAUCAAAUGGAAAGGCACAGAUGACGUUGCCCUGCUGUCUGCGAGGGAGGCCAGUGCAAGAUGGCCCCAGAUGGUCAUCGGUUUCUAUGAAGACAAGCUGACUUGGCAUGCGGAAGAGGAACCGUGAUAGUGAAAGUGGAUUAUACCUCGUAGCUUUUAACAGUUCCCCUCAUGCACACUUAAAAUGUGUUAGUCUGACUUACUUUGUUGUGAAAGUGUGUGAAUUCCCACACCACUGUGAAGCUUGUCUCGACACACUGAACCUGUAGAAGUGUUGAAUAGUCUGUAGAGAUGCACUGUUAAGUCAUUGUUUUAAUUAUAGAAGUUGACCGGUUAAUCAGUACUGAAUUUUAACUGUAGGGCUGCUGUUUUUGUAUUUGUUACUCUAUUAGGAAUUUGACUGGAUAUAAGUGAGAACAGCAUGUGCGCUGACCCUGGUCUGAUCAAGCAUUUCCUGAUAAAUGGUAUAUGGACUGUAGUCAUUUAUUGUCUGUUUCUGUAAGCCCCUAGUUAGCACUUACUAUACUGUGAUUAAGACCAAUGAUCUGUGAGGUUUAAGCUGUAGGAUUCUUCAUUUCAAAUUAGAAAUGGAAAUGUAGCUGUUCAAAUAAGUUCUCCUUUAAAAGAACCAGCAGUAAUAUGUGCAUUUUGUUUUAUUUCAUCUCUGUUGUGUCAGUGCUUUAUAAAGGGCAUUUGUAUGUUGAGUGUGUUUUUUUUUUUUUUGUUCUGUCUGGUUCACAUUCAUGUUCUCAUUGUAGCCCACAAGUGGGCAAAAACAGGUGCUUUAAUAAAUGUUAACUUACCUCAAAAA